AUGGAGCAUACCCGUCGGAAGGAGCAACCAUCCUGGCUUAAUCCCUCUGUGCACGUGUGGACCACAAAAAACGACAUUUCUGUCGUCAAUCUUCGUGACGUUACUGAGCAACUGUGGGUUCCCAAAUCUGCUUUCCGUGGGGACGAGGCGCCACAGACUCCUGAGGAAGACAGCCUUCGAGCAGAAAGUGUCAGUAGCAGUAGUGAAAAGGCCCCAGAGCCAAUUAAUCAAGAGCCCCUAGGUGCGAUUUUGGCUCUCAUUCAGCGCCGCUCUGAAAACCACAAUACGUGUUCGAGUGCCUCUCCUGCGCUUCCAACUCAACCAUACAGAGGUGGCGGAAACCCAAAUACUGAGCCAGAGACAAGAGCACCAUCGUUUCCAGAGCCAACACCCGCCAAGGCAAUGGAUGUUGAGUUUGUUCAAGGCGUCAAUUUGCCGGGAGAAAGAAAUAUAACUUCGUCAUUGCAAGCACAACAGAACACUGUUCAGACCGUCGCGCUUUUUCAUGACCCGGUAUGGGGCGAUGUUGGCUCCUCCUACGAUAUUGACUCCUUCACGUCGAAAGAAAAGGAGAAAAACGAUAUAUUUUCUAGCCUCAAACUUUCAAGUUUCAUGGAGGAUGCCAAGAAGAACGAAGGUAAUACGACGGAAUCAACAGCGACGGUAACCGAGGCCCCCCCACCAUUUACUGCAACAAGCGCAGUGAAUGAGGUGAUGUUUCAAACCCCGGCACCUCCGACUGUUUUGACAUCACCGCCGCAAAUCGCAUACCCACCAGGCAUCGGCCUAGGCUCUGCAGGAUGGACAGUGGCACCGCAGCAUUCCCCUGGGAUGGCUAUGCAGCCUUUUCAGUUCCUCAGUCUGCCAAUACCGUUUAUGUCUCAGGGUGCAAUGGUAGCCAUGCCACAGGCAUAUCGCAUGCCAUAUCAGUUCUAUCAAAUGCAUCCACAGGCUCCCCACCAUACCACAUUGCAGCAUCAAUCUGGUGGAGCAUACAAACCGGCUCCGACCCAGGAACUUCACCAAAUGCAGCCACCAAAAAAUGUAGUCCCACAAAAUCCAUCGCCGCGUCCUGGAACGAAUGUUGGGGCUGCACCUUUUGUUCCAGGAGGGAAGAGUGUGUGA